GCUUGUUCGGUGGUUGAUCGAGAUAAUUAUCGCGCCGGUGACGUAGACCGGCCCUUUUGUCGCCUCGGGACACUUCGACCAUCAAAAGUCAACCGCGCCGCCUCGAGCACUCCUGCCCCGUCGAGAGACAACGCUUUGUCAUAAAACCUUUGUGGUUCUGAGCGCAUCUUUUUUUCUUGGUCCUCUUUUUUGUCCGCAUUGUUUCACGUCGCGCAGACGGAGGCGUCGUCACCGGUUCUGGUUUCGCAGGCGCACCAGAGACAGUGACUCUGCUGUCGGACUCACCUGCACUCUCCGCCAAGGUCGGACAUACUGUAGUAGUUGCGCCAGCAGCUCCCAUCUUCUUCUUUCCCCUCGGCUUUUAACUUUAGCCCUUCCUACAAUCUACAUCGAUCCCUUUUCGCAGCCAUGUCGCAACCCGCAACCGAAUCGCAACCGCCACCCGCCCAGCCGUCGGGCCACCGCGACAUGAUGUUUUGCCACGAGUGCCAUGACGAGUGGUAUCGGGAUGAACAUGGCCUGACAUGUCCAGAGUGCGGGUCAGACUUUACAGAGAUUAUAGAAGAAGGCAACGACCCUCGAGAUCAGCACAUGUUGGAUCACGACCACGAUAUGGACGACGACUCGUCCCUGCCCGACCUAGAAGCCAUCUCGCCCGCAAUGCGACCCUUAUUCGCCGCCAUGCACGCAAACCAGAGUCCUCACCAACACGACCACACCCACGACGACCCGGAGGAGCCGGAUAUAAGUAGUCUGCAGUUCCGGCAAGUAGGGCCGGGCAGAUUCUCUGUCACUGGUACCGUGUUCCGCACAGUCUCGCCGCCUGGAGGAGGAGGGCCUCCUCAGGCAGCACGGGCGCCAAAUGCUGGUUCUGGUCCCUUUGGUGGUCUUACGGCCAUCCUGACGAACCUGAUCCAUGGUGGCAUAGCGGGCCCACAGAAUCCUACCCAGCCAGCUCAGGGAAGCCAAGAUCAUCAGCCUGGACAAGGUGGCCAAAUGGAUGAGGGUGCAGGAAGCCAACCGCAAGCAGGCGUUCCAGGAGGUGCUCCCCAAGUUCACAGAUUCACAUAUACAGCGGGGGCGCGGCUAGCACCCCGAGACCCCAACAAUCCCGGUCCGCGGUUGGAGCCAGUGGAUGAGUUGAAUAACGUUCUUGUCGGCCUCAUGGCAGCUUUCGGAGAGCCGCCCGAUCACCAUCAUCACGAACACUUCCACGGCCCGCCUCCUCCCAUCAACCCCCUCAUCCAGCUCUUUGCUCAGAUGCUUCCCGGCAGCGGUCAGUUUGGGGAUGCCGUCUACUCGCAAGAAGCCUUGGACCGCAUCAUUACACAGUUGAUGGAGCAGAACGCAUCGUCCAAUGCGCCUGGCCCAGCAUCACAGAAGGACAUUGAUUCGCUCCCUCGGAGAAAGGUGGGCGUCGAGGACUUGGGCAGCGAAGGCCACGCAGAAUGCAGUAUAUGCAUGGACGAAGUCAACGUCGGAGAGGAGGUGGCGGAGCUGCCUUGCCACCACUGGUUCCACCACGCGUGUAUCGCGGCAUGGCUGGGCGAGCACGACACGUGCCCGCACUGUCGUAAAGGAAUCACCAAGAAGAACGACGCUCCGGCGAACGAGAACAGUCGGAAUCAGGCAGGCAGUGGUGAAGGGGCUCAGGCUUCGACCUCGAUUCCUAGCAUGCCUGGAGCAUUUGUGACGGGUGAGGGCAGUUCAGAGAACCCAUAUGUCAUCUCUGGCUCGCCACCUGCGCAUCCGCAUAACGAGGAUGGUUCGGGAAAUAACGGCAGUACCACCAGGACCGACGCAGCAGGAGCGGAAGACUCGAGUGCAGGAGGUGGUAUUGGAGAGCGGCUGCGUCGGGGUUUGUUUGGCCCUCCUCGAUGAUGUAUGUCUACAGAUGUAAUUGUACAUGGCGAGGGGAGAGGAUGGAGGCUCAUCUGGGGGAUAUCUAUUUUUGCUGUACGCGGGAGCUGGCGUUCUCGAAGGACGGGGUCAACGGGUUUCCAGGCGCAGUGGCGAGAUGAGCGUCUGUCGUCGUCGAGUCGUCGUCGGUCGACGGCUUCGCUCUCGCCGCCGCAGCCCUACCUACUCUCCGACGUCUUGGGCCGCUCAGCGUGCAUAUUGGGUUGGUGGAUUGGUUCGACGUUAUGGGUACGUCCGCCUGGCGAUAAUGGACUUGGGCGU